AUGGAAUGUGUCCCCCCGUUGGCAGCGCAGUUGGACAACAGUGACAGCAAUGUGGCAAUCCCCAUUGGGCCUGAGGUCAGUGACCCCACCCCUCCCGUCGGCGGCAAAGCCAGCAAGGCUGUUGGCACACCCAACUCAGACUACAAUCCCUUGAAUAAUCGAGAUCUUGAGCAUCCCACGUCUAACUUGGAUACGAUGAUUCACCUGCUGAAAGGUAACAUUGGAACGGGCAUCCUUGCUAUGCCUGACGCUUUUCGCAAUGCUGGACUUGUUGUCGGCACUGUGGGCACUUUGUUGAUGGGAAUCAUUUGCACUCACUGUAUGCACAUGCUUGUGAGUUGUUCGCACGAAUUGUGCAUAAGGCAUCAGAUACCGGCUUUAGGAUUUGCUGAAGUUGCUGAUCAUGCGUUCAGAUCGGGACCGAACCGUCUCAGGAAUUUGGCUAGUUAUGCAAGGAAAAUAGUGAAUACCUUCCUUGUUAUCACACAACUUGGAUUCUGCUGUGUCUAUUUUGUGUUUGUGGCUGCAAAUCUCCAUGAGGUGAUCAAACACUACUACAUGAGCAUCAGCGUGCCGUGGCUGCUGCUGAUCCUCCUGAUCCCGAUGAUCCUGCUGAACUGGGUGAAAAACCUCAAGUACCUGACUCCGGUGUCGCUAGUGGCCGCCCUGCUCACGGGCACAGGCAUUGUCAUCUCCUUCAUGUACAUGCUGCAAGGCCUGCCGCGGACUUCGUCUGUCAACGCAUUCGCGUCCUGGCACCAGCUGCCGCUCUACUUUGGCACCGCCAUCUAUGCGUUCGAGGGAAUUGGGGUGGUGCUACCACUGGAGAACAACAUGAAAACGCCACAGGACUUUGGCGGACUGGCCGGUGUGCUGAACACCUCGAUGGUGAUCGUAGCCUGCCUGUAUACGGCUGUCGGGUUCUUCGGCUAUCUCAAGUACGGUGAUCGGGCCGUGCUCGGAAGCAUCACGCUCUACCUGCCUCAGCGCGAUUUAUUGGCACAGCUAGUGAGGCUCAUGAUGGCACUGGCUAUAUUCCUGUCAUACUGCCUGCAGUUCUAUGUGCCAAUGAGCAUCAUCUGGCCACCCAUCAAGCGACGUAUCAACGAUGAGAGCUAUCAGAAGGUGGCUGAGUUGUCACUGCGUACUUUCCUUGUAUGUCUCACAUUUCUGCUAGCGGUGGCAGUUCCCAACCUGUCUGCGGUAAUCUCGCUGGUCGGCGCAGUGAGUUCGUCAAUGCUGGCCCUCAUCUUUCCGCCGAUCAUCGAGAUGGUCACGUUCUGGGACAAGGGUCUGUCACCGGCGCUCAUCAUCAAGGACAUCUUCAUUCUGCUCUUCGGUAUCUUCGGAUUCAUUUUCGGCACAUACGUCAGCAUGUACAACAUUGUCACCAAGUAAUCAUGUAAGACGGAUAACUAAAAAGUAAAGCGUCUCUAAUCUAAAACCCUAGAUCUUCUAAGAUCUCAAUUUUCAAUCGUCGUUCUAAGACGGGGUUGGACCAAACGAGCCUAAGGCCCGUAUGCAGAUACUCGGUUUAAGCGGAGAAAUGUCAGCUGUUCGUUUAAACCUCGUAUGCAAUACAUUAUGAUAAAUUCAACCAUAUCUACAAGUAAACGUAAGUAAAGUUCAGCGUUAAAUGUAGAUGGGGACAAAUGGCCCUUGGAGCAUGAAACACAUGGAAACAACAUUACAUAAAUGAGAGGCAUGAGAAAAUAAUUAUGUCUUCAACCAUGAAUUAAUUCUGUAGAAUUCCGCCCGAUAUGGGCACAAUUCUAUGAUGAUUCCUCUCUCAGCUCCACAGCUAUUGAACUAGGUAUAUCCCGGUUUCCAUUAAUCUUUCCUCUCCCAGCUUCAAAGCUGUUAAACUAGGAAUACUGUGUCGGUUGGUCUUUAUAUGAUGUUUCGGUAUUUUAUUAAUAUUUUGUUCAGAAUAAGCAUUCACUCGUUUGGUCCAACCCCAGUCUAAGACGUGUAGCAUCUCCAAGAUGUCGUUCUUAAAAACCAUUGUCAUUCUAAGUGAUCUUCACAACAUAGGUCUGUUAAGGGAUCAUUCAAAUCUGUCAAACAGAUUUUUCUAUUUGAUAUAAUCUUUUUUUCAUUCAAAUCUGUCAAACAGAUUUUUCUAUUUAAUAUAAUCUUUUUUCUAAUCUAUUAUUUCUCAAAAUCAUUCAACCUCUUCAUUGUUUUAAUUGCAUUUCUUGUCAAAUUUGUCACUGUCACUCAAUGACCGUUUUCACCCAACGAUUUUGCGGCGGCACAGCAACCAGAAUAUCCUCCGAUUGGCUAAUUAGAUCAAUGGUCUUUGAUUUGAAUCAGCCAAUCGGAAACAUUCUGUCGUGUCGGCAACAAAUCGGAGGACAUUAGGGUGUCGUGUCUAUAUCGUGUCGUUGCAAAAUUAAUAUGCGUAAAAACGGCCAUUGAGUCACAAAAUAAUUAGUUUAUUAUAAAAUUUUUCAAGCUGGAAAUGUUAUUAAUGUAUUGUGAAUCUCAAUAUUCUUCAAUACUAAAGUAAUUUUAGUAGAUUAAAGCAUUCAAUUACUUACUGGAAGGGCAACCCUUAGUAAAUGAGUGUUACCAUUUCUCGAAGGAUAGAAUAAGUUUAUGUGUGUGCUUAUUUUUUAUUUAAAUAUGAUUAUUAUUUUAACGUAUUUUAACAAUAAUGAUUUUUUUAAUAGUGGAGGUAUUUCAAGAAACUGAUUCUAAAUAUUAUAGCAUAUAAUAAGGUAUUAUUUAUAUUCUCAAUAAUUUGUGUAACCGAUUUUUUAAUAACUUUUGUUCAUAAAUUGGCAGGAAUUUCAAAUCAAUGUGAUUAUAAUUUUCAACUCACAAUAGGCUAGAUAAAUUUGUCUCGAUAUAUAAUUGAAAAUACUGUGGGCGUUUCAAAUAAUUUGUUGGUAUUUGAUCAAAGAGAUGACAUUUUUUAAAUCUUAGAGAUGAUUAUAAGUGAUACAAGUACCCGUGAUAUUAUAUGAUUCAUUUUCUGAACUUGAUGAUAUUAAAUUACUGAUUCUCUUAACUUGUGAUAUACAAAUACACUCCCAUUUUAUCCAAUGAUAUUGAAUUACUUCACGUCAUUUUGUAGAUUAGUAUUAUUUUAUUUUAUGAUAUUUCAUACUAUCUUAUUCAAUUUAUAUUAGUUUUUACGAUUUGAACUUAUGAUUGUUUUGUCUUGAUGGCUGGGCCUUAAUGGUAUCAUUGAAAAAUAUUUAUUGAAACGGCGAGGAUACCAUGUAUGUAUUUAAAAUUCAAAUUGAAUUGUAAAUUAGUUGUAAAUUUAUAAAUUGAUAUUUUAUUAUCAUGUAAUAUACUAAUAAUUUUUAUAUUAUUAAUUCAUGUAUAUUAUGCGCCUUUUAUAACAAUUAGUUCUAAGUAUUCUAAUUUUAUUUGAUACUUCAAUUAUUUGGCUAUGGCUAUUUUUUUUUUCAAUUGAAAAAAUCCGGCUUUUUAUGAGGCUAUACAGUUUCUAUAGAGAGAAAUACUUUAGACUGUCAACAUCCAUAAAAAGCAUUAAACCAUGAAAGGAUGCUAACAGGUCAAAGUGAAUCUUGCUAUAUUGAACCAAGGCUAGAUCCCACUUGCACAAAAUCCUGUUGAAUUUUAAAUUCCACGAGAACAUCAGAAGGGUUUUUUUCAGAAAUAAAGCUUCUCUAAUUGGUUCCCGUAGCUUUUAAUCCCGGUCGAAAUUCAUUGGGCUUUUGUAAAAGCUAUUUUAAAAGUAAUAAUAAUUAAUCAUUAAUUCGAAUCCCGCUUGUAGCUUAUAAAUUACUUAAUUCUAAAAAUAAGGAGUUUGACAUAAUAAAAACGCCCCUGAACAUAUUAUUUCCGAAUAAAAAUGAAAUAAAAAUCUUGUAAAUACAAUUUUAUUGUGUCAGAAAAUAUAAUAUCUUCCAAACUGUAAAAUUCUAAAGUAAUCCUGUAUAUUAAAAUAACUAACUUCAGUGUUUGAAAAUAAAUUAAUUUCUGAGAGAAUGUUUGACAUAGAAGAAGUAGCCUACUGAUGAUAUCAAUUGAAGAGUCAUUAUUCUUGAAAGUAUUCAUUAAUAAUUGAAUUGAAUUAUCAAACAAUAGAGAACUGGCUGUGAUUGUAUUGUAGAUGGUGGAUGAUUCAUUCAAAUAAUUAUUGAUUAUGAAUUGUACAGAAAUUAGCGGGAGCCAAAACUAUAUUUCUUUAUAACUCUCUAUUAAUAAUUGUAAUCUGUAAAAUAGUUGAUUCAACAAUAAAAUACUUUUUUGACUUUCCUGUUUCACUUACGUAUAACUUUCUCUAUAACUUGAGUUAAUUUUGUAUUUCCAAAAUUAUUUCCAUUUGUAUUAAAGCUUUUUGCAGAUUAAUUUUCAUCACUGACAGUAUGAAUUUGAAGUUGAUUAACAAUAUUUAACUUUUUAAUCAAUCGUAAAGGAUAAGGUAUUUAAAAAUCUUGGCUUUCUUUACGAAAUCUACUUCAUAUGAAUGACAAUAAACUAUGUAACUAAUUUAAUUAUAAUAUUUGCCCAUCAAUCAUGCACGAUAAAUAUUUCAAUAUUUGAUCCUAAAGUUCGACAAAAUGUUUCAUACUUUUUAUGAAACAGUUACAUGGUAUAGUAAAACAAUAAAGUGAAGUAAAUAGAAGAUACUAUUUCAUGAAAAUUUGUAGGAAGUAAAAAUGUAACUCCUGAUCAUGAAGAAUAGAAUAUGAGAAGUUGAUAUUGUGGUAAUUAUUCAUAUUGAAUGAAAAAGACUAAGAAAUUGUCAAAAACCACAGAUUAAUUGAUACGUUUGACAAUGGUGUAAUAACCGAAACCGGUCUUUCUAAGUAUCAAUAAAUCUGUAGUUGUUGACAAUUUCUUAGUCUUUUUCAUUCAAUAGAAUAUGAAUAUAUAAUUAUAUCCUGUCUCAUGAAAACCAAUAAAAAUUGGAGAAAGAUUUUAUGCUUUAUAAACGAAGAAAUUCCAAUAGUUUUGUUCUGACCAAAAUUAAAAAUCUUUGUGAUAAUUUUGUUUAAUUAUUUUUAAAUGAAAAUAGGGCAAGCAAUUAUUGGUUUGAAUAUGUUAUAACGGUUCUAGGCCUACAGUAUAUUAUACUUCAAAGCACAUAUUUUAAUAUUAUAUUCAUCCUGUGUAUUUAUAACUAUUAAGUUAUAUUAUAUAUUAUAUAAUGUACCUGUUGUGGUUCAUGAGUGGUCUAACAUGUUUAUUACUUGUAGUAGACUAACUUCUAUGAAAUUAGGUUCCAUCUUGAACUUCCAAGUAUUUCUGCUUUAAUAAUUCAUGAAUUUCCAAGCAGUAAAAUAUUUCUAGAGUAAACUACAGUAAUGAUCAUGUUGAAACCUGUAUGAGAUUGAAUUCGACAAUAAUAUUGUAUUUUUUGUAUGUGCUUUUGAUGUAAGAUAGAAAAUAGAUAGAUGACUCGAUUGUCAAAUUGAAAUUUAAUUCAAGAUAAUAGGCUACUCGUAGAUUCAAUGUUAGUUAAUAAAAUAAUGUAGCUCUAUAUUUCAGUCGAAUAAUGUAGUGUUUGUAUAGAAACAUCAUUUACUUAUUAAUUAUUAUUCUUGUGAACUCUGCCAAAUAUUGAUAAUUUCAUUAAUAGAUAAUUUAUCGCUCAAAGUACCGGUAUUUUUAUACGUUACUUAGUUAAGAAAUAUUAUUAAGUUAUUUAUUUGUUCCAUGUCUUUAGACUAUCAAUGGAGUACUUUCUUAUGAUUCAACUUUCGGUCAUGAAAAGCAAUUUAAAAUAUGAACCAUGAGUUGAGAAUAUAUUCUUUGUACUUAUGUAGUACUAAAAUUAUCUAGUGUUAUUAUGCGUUUAAAUAGCUUUGUGAUUAUUCUAUAUGUUUGUAUUCAAUAAAUUUAGUGUAUAUUAUUAUUUUUUCCAAUUUAUACUUAGUGUUACUAGGCUUUUCUAAUAGUUUUUAAUGUAAAAUAUGUUAUAGUCAUCUCAUAAUAUUGAUUGUAAAGUGAACCCUACGAAUAUAAGCCGUAUGCUAAAAGUACCUAUGUGUGUGAAAAACCAGUAUAUGAAAUUGUACCGUUUGUGAAUGUAUGCAUACUAUUACAUGUAUGUAACUCUAUUAUUACCGUGCAUUCUAUUAUUACGUAGACACCUUACCGUAUUUCUCGAAUGUAAUCAAAACAAAUGUAAGCUCUAUCUCUGUUAAAAUUUGUUGAAACUGUGUUUCAAUAACAUAAAUUACUUGAAAUGUUCAA